CCCCCUUCGCCAUUCAUCCAGCCUUCCAGGAGCUGCGCCUCUGCUCGACCAGGCGGCGCAGCAGCAGCAGCAGCAGCCGCGGCGGCGUCGGUGUCGCGGGCGGCUCUCCUGGCGCACGCCUUCCUCCUUUGAUCCCACCGCCGGUGGCCCGAAUUCAACAGCGCCGCCGGGGAUCGGGAGGCUCGGCCGGGCUGCUGGCGACGGCGGGGGCGAUGGCACUGUGAGCUCCAAGAACCAGCAUAAAUACAUUCCAGUGAAGAAGUUUACCUGUGAUCAGCUGAAGAUAGUUGCUGGGAUUGAAGAGCAAAGUUACCGUCAUGAAGCACUUUCUGAGGGUUCUUUUAACAGAAUGCUAGUCCAGGUGUGCCUGUACUUCUACUGCAAAUGCUUAUGGCGCUGCAUGAAAUUCGUGGCAAGGAAGCUGACGGGACGAUGUGAAUUGCAAAGGAUCUGCUAUAACACAAAGCCUGGGGCCGGCAGAACUAUGAAAAUUGAAACAUCACUGAGAAGUUCAAAGAGUAAGUUGCUCCAAAAUGCAGUAAGUGUUCAUCCAGAUGCUAUUGAAAAAACUAUAGAUGCAAUCAUGGAGCUGAAGAAGAUUAACCCAGAUGUAAACCCGCAACUUGGUGUCUCUCUGCAAGCCUGCCUUCUACAGAUUGUAGGCUACAGGAAUUUGAUUGCAGAAGUUGAAAAGCUGCGCAGAGAGCCCUAUGAUUCGGAAGACCCUCAGCACGAAGAAAUGCUUCUGAAGUUGUGGAAAUGUUUGAAACCUAAUGCCCCGUUGGAAGGUCGGAUUUCCAAGCAGUGGUGUGAAAUUGGUUUCCAAGGUGACGAUCCUAAAACAGACUUCAGAGGAAUGGGCCUCCUGGGUUUAUAUAACUUGUUAUAUUUUGCUGAAUGUGAUGGUGCUGCAGCUCAGCAGAUCCUCUCUGACUCUCUUCAACCAAAGUACAGGGAAGUCACUAAAGAGGAGCUAAGCAAAUUCAGCAAGGCUGAGUGGGAGAAGAAAAAGUUCGACAAAGCCAUUGGAUACUCAUUUGCUAUCGUUGGCAUUAACAUUACAGACCUUGCCUAUAAUCUCCUUGUGAGUGGUGCUCUGAAAACACACUUCUACAAUGUUGCUCCUGAGGCUCCAACGUUACCCCAUUUCCAGCAGACAUUCUGCUACUUGAUGCAUGAAUUCCAUAAAUUCUGGAUUGAGGAAGAUCCCAUGGACAUCAUGGAAUUUAACCGUGUGCGAGAGAAGUUCCACAAACGAAUCAUCAAACAACUCCAGAAUCCAGAUAUGGCUUUGUGCCCUCAUUUUGCUGCCUCAGAAAGUUUGAUCAACCUGUAGCCAUCAAUCGGGCCCAGUUUUGAAAACACUGCCUCAUUCUUGUGUUAUGCCACCAUCUAGAGAUUAAAUCGCUAAUGUAUUGAAUGACCAUAGCGAUUGUAUGCAUGUUUCUUGGUGCAGUAAUUGUCUCUUUCUCUCACUCUCUCUGGCAUCUUGUUAACGCCGUUCCUUUUGAGGAGUUUUGUCAUUAAAGCAGAGAGGUCAUAUUGCAGCAUUUUGCAGUGUUAAAACAUUCUGAAUCAAUGCACCACAUUAAGUUUUGUUCUUAUUUUUUUUAGACUCUCUCUUGCUCCCCACUCUCUCUUUCUCAAUU